AUCACCGGGGCGGGGUUGGGCUAGUCACCAUGGAGACCGGGGGAGGGGGCCGCAGUAUGAAGAUUUUUCUGUGUUGAGAAGAAAUAUGCACACUUGUUCCUUUAAUCGAUCCAGACUGCUGGCCUUCCUGCUUGUAGCUGGUGCAACACUUGUCAUCUAUUACUUGCUUCCCAACACCUUGCCGGACAGCACCAGGUCAUCGGGGCCACUUCAGACAACCAGUAUGGCCAGUGCUAACCAGCUCACGGUCACUGUCAAUGUCACUGUGCAGAAAUCCUCAAAUCUGAUAGACGUUUUCUACCGGGAAACUCUACCUCCACAGAAGAGCAGAGAAAGCCAACAGCCGAGCUUGGAGGUCCUACUGCUACACGGACAGGCCUUCGAUUCAAAAACCUGGGAGAGUCUAGGAACGCUCAGUCUGCUUGCAGAAAAAGGAUACAGAGCUGUGGCAGUGGACUUACCAGGACAUGGGAGCACCCCAUUGUUGGAUAUUGAUAAAGUGGACAAGGACAGAGCUGACUUUCUGCUGGCCUUCCUGAACGCCGUGGGACUGCAGACACCAGUCAUCGUCAGUCCCUCAAUGAGCGGUCACUUCUCCAUUCCAUUUCUGAUGUUUCACACCCAGCGACUGAAGGGCUUUGUUCCCAUUGCACCUACUGGGACAAAUCUCUACAAUGCUGACCAGUAUCAGAAGAUCCAGACCCCGACCCUGAUUGUUUUUGGAGAAUUGGACACCAAUCUGGGUGUACGGUCCCUGAAAAACUUAAAACACCUUCCUAAUCACUCUGUCUUCAAGAUCCCAACAGCACGUCACGCCUGUUAUCUUGAUGAGCCACAUUUGUUCCAUAAGACUUUACUGGACUUUCUAACUAAAUUUUAGCUUGGAGUGUUUAUACCACUGAUGUCACUGUGCACUUGGUACAGUUCUUGCCAGAUAGUUGAGACCACCACCAAACCAACUUCAUCAGCAAUUGUAGUUAUUAAUUUCCUGGAGUCUCGCUCUGCAACAGGAGGAAAUAAAACUGUAACUAUUUCAGAUUUGUUCAAAAGCAAUGUGGUCUCUGUGAAGUUCCAGUAAAUAUUAAUUAAAAUGUGAAAAGUCUUAUAAAUUGAAAAGCAUAGCUUUGAAGAAACAAAUUUACUUCAGUUUCGGGCUGAUUGGGUAAAAGUUUCCGUAUUGACCUGGGACAUUCCAGGUCCUGUUGAGGUUGGCCAAAGUUGAGGUAUCUGAACUCUCUCACUGUGGGACUAAACCUCAUAAAACAGAAAGGACCAAGGCUCUGGCCUUAGCUUCUGCUUGCUGAGCGGAGCAUAACCUGGAACACAAUAAAAAUGCCAAAUGUAGGUCCAACAUCCUCCAUUGUUCCUUUUUCCAACUGCUUUCUAAAAGAGUAAUUCUGUCACAUAAUAGGGGACUUUAUUUUAUUACCUGUGUAAAGAAAUUAGGCCAUUCAAGUACUCUUAAAAUCCACCAGUUUUCUUCACCUUUUUCACUGCAAACUUUUACAAGUGAGAAUUUGUGAUACUGCUGCUGUUACAUGUUUAGAGCAUCAAGUGGCAGUCAUUUGUUUUUUGAACCCACAAACUGAUCUCCUUUUUGAACUAAUAUUAAUCUGCCAUGUACUUACUUCCCCUUAACAAAAUUCUUGUAUUUCAAGAAAGAGUUGAAACAUAUUUCUAACUGAGUACAGAUUUCACAUGUCUGUCAUGUUUUAACACUUCACUGGGAAAAGACCUUGACAUAAAGUUUGUUGUUGAAAACCCCAGCCUCUUGGACCUGAUACUUCGACUCAGAGCCUUGAUACUGAGAGCUGGCUAUGGUUUGACUUUUUGGCGUAUUGAAUUUCUUCAUAGUGACAAUCAGCUAUACCUUAUUUCAAAAUAAAGUGUUGAUAAGUUUCAGAAAAUGUAUUAAGCUGAGAGACAGACCGGUCAUGUGCUAUUUCUGGUUGUUGAACAAAAAUUAAUUUUGAAGCCAACUAAUUAUUUGACCAUUUGUUUGUUUGUAAAAGAAAAAAUACAUUACUGC